CCGCCACCGCCGCCGCCGCCGAUUCCGGAGCCGGGUAGCCGCCGCCGUCGCCGCCACCACUGCAGCUACGGUCGCCGCUGCCGCCACCACCGCCUGAAGAGUGACCCUGGGAAGGACGCAGUCGCCUCCCUCCGAGCUUCCUGGAAGCGCCUUUGCUCCCUACAGCCCUCCGCGAGAAUGACCAUGGACAAAAGUGAGCUGGUACAGAAAGCCAAACUUGCUGAGCAAGCUGAGCGCUAUGACGAUAUGGCUGCAGCCAUGAAGGCCGUAACAGAACAGGGACAUGAACUCUCCAAUGAAGAGAGAAAUCUCCUCUCUGUUGCCUACAAGAAUGUGGUAGGUGCCCGCCGUUCUUCCUGGCGUGUCAUCUCCAGCAUCGAACAGAAAACAGAGAGGAAUGAGAAGAAGCAGCAGAUGGGCAAAGAGUACCGUGAGAAGAUAGAGGCUGAGCUGCAGGACAUCUGCAACGAUGUACUGGAGCUGUUGGACAAAUAUCUCAUUCCCAAUGCUACACAGCCAGAAAGCAAGGUGUUCUACUUGAAAAUGAAAGGAGACUAUUUUAGGUAUCUCUCUGAGGUUGCAUCUGGAGAUAACAAACAAACCACCGUGUCAAACUCUCAGCAGGCUUACCAAGAAGCAUUUGAAAUUAGCAAGAAAGAAAUGCAACCUACACACCCAAUUCGACUUGGCCUGGCACUGAAUUUCUCAGUCUUUUACUAUGAGAUUCUAAACUCUCCUGAAAAGGCCUGCAGCUUGGCCAAAACGGCAUUUGAUGAAGCAAUUGCUGAAUUGGAUACCCUGAAUGAAGAGUCUUACAAGGACAGCACCCUGAUCAUGCAGCUGCUGAGGGACAAUCUCACCCUUUGGACGUCGGAAAACCAGGGGGAUGAAGGAGAUGCUGGAGAGGGCGAGAACUAAUGUCUGUCGUGCUUUGUGAUCUGUUUGGUGUCACUUUGUAUCCUCCACAUUAUAUCCCUUUGUGCGAUAAACAAAAACAAAAAAAAUCGAAUGUUGACUUUCGAUUUUUCACAGCCUAAGCCUAGCAAAAAUGGUCCCUGGGAUAAACAGCUGGUAUUUGUAUCUGAAACUCAGACUGGUCCCUUAAAUGCCAUGGCAUUCUGAAGUCUUGAUUUUGAUCAACAUUGACAAGGAUUACUGUGUGUUUUAAUUUUUACAAACUGAACACUGUGAUUAUGGGGUUUUGUAACUUAGCAGAACUCUUAUUGGUAGAAAAAAUAGACCUGAAUUAUGUGUAACUUUUUGGAAAGUUUAAUCUGAUAUCAAAACAGUCCCUGAAGAUGCAAUCCUGUUGUAAAUUUGUACAGAAAGUUCUAGAGAUUCCUUUGUGAUGCUGGGACUCUGGGUGAGAUGCUUACCAUCAGCAUCUUGAGUUUGGUAACUCAGAGUAAUUCUGCCUGUGGUUGAGGGCUUAUUGACACUUGAUCAUUUUGGGCUGUUGCCACUCGAAAGUUCAUGACCACAAAUAACUGCAGUGUCGUUUUCUGAGGAAACUCAAAACCUGAAAGUGAAAUUCUUUGCCUGAUAAUUGGGCUGUGACAACACAAAAAAGGUCCCGUGCUCAUACCACAUGUGUGACUAAACCCCUUUACUACACAGUGUGUUCCGGAAUAGCAACUUGUGAAAACAGGGCUGUUACCCCUUAGGUAAGGAGAGAAAAAAGACAGCGGUGUAUCCUAUGAAUGGCCAUACCAGUUUUGUGGGAAAUUUCUAAGAAUAAUGUUCUGUGGAGGUGGCCUCUUGCCUGAGGAGCACUCGGUCCUGAGGCUCUUCCUAAGCUUGGAGGGUGGAAACUUUGAAAUUUAACGUUUUUUCCACCCUGUUUCUCUGACUGUUAGCUUUGGUCUUCUCCUCUUUCAAUUUACAGCUUUCUGCUUCCUUGGGUGGUUUUCUUUGGAAGCAUUUGUCAAUACUAUAUGGUCAGGGGCGAGGCAUUGAGCACAUGGUGAGCAAGCCUUGCUUCAAGGUGUUGACAAAGAAGGCCUCCCAGCACCAUCACCCUGUCUU